CUGCAAGGGUGUCUGUCAAAGACCUUGUGAUGCCCGUGCUGAUUGGCGUCAAUUCCCCCGAACGCCCUGCAAAGCAGAAGGUGAUCACCGACAUCAUAUAAUCUGGUAUGCACCAAGUGAACUGCCCUGCAAUCAUCAAACAGAUGUCAGAGGUACGCUAUCUGUCUGCCGUCGCUUAUGGAAAAAUUUGUUCUGCACAUCGUCCGCAAUUUAUGUGUUGCAUCUGAUGCCAUUGAAGCCGUGAAAGCACGAUCACAGAAGCCCAUUGCACUGUCUCUCGCUCACUCUUCUGGUGUUGAGAUGACUCGGUUCUGCGAUGCGUUCCGAAGAUGAUGAUUGUGGUAAGGCCCACGCGAGGUUGGUGAGAGCUGUUGCGUGGUCUGGAUGGCUGACCGGAC